CCUUUUCGGAGGCGUUGAUUAUUUUUCGUUUUUGCCCCUAUUUACUCUUAUUUUCGUCGACUUCUUUAAAUGUAUACGAAUUUGCAUGGAAACGCGAUGGUGCGAGAAAUUUAAGUUAUUCAUAUCAAAUAAUAGUGUCGUGUUAAAAAACAAGCCUUUCUGGAAAU